AUGAACAACCUCGAGACCAUCCGCCGGGGCCUCCUGAGCCUCGACGUGGGCGCGCGGCUCAAGGAGCUCUCGGAGCUAUACAAGCACGCGGACGUCUUCCUCACGCCGCAGCUGCCGCGGAUCCUUGAAGCGCUCUUCCCGGUCUUCCAGAUGAUGCUGCGCACGCAGGUCCCGCCGCAGUUUACCAACAACGACAAGAACAAGUGUCGGAAGCUCACGCUGCAGAUCCUGAACCGACUGCCGUACAACGAAGCGCUCAAGCCGUAUGCGAGCCGCCUCUUGCAUCUGCUCAUGGAGGUGCUCACGGUCGACAACGUCGACAACUGCCUCAUUGCGCUCAAGACCAUCUUUGACCUGCACCGCAAUUACCGACCAGGCCUAAAGAACGAAGUGCAACCGUUCUUGGAGCAGAGCCAGAAGAUGUACAAGAACAUUCAGCUCAUCAUGAAGAAGCAGUUCUCGGGCCCACCGGAGCCGCCGUUGGCGCCGAUCGGGACGACGCCGCCAACGACAGCGACCAUCGAGGCGACCAAGCCGCCCGUCACCGACACGACGAGUACGACCAAGGACGAUCCGAUGGGUACCGACGACACGGAGGAGACCAAGGACGACGAGACGAGCAGUAGUGCAGCGCCAACAACUUCGACAACGCCGUCGACGAGCACGGUGCACGACAGCAGCGAUGUCGUCGUCUUGUGCCAAGGCAGCGAGUCGUUCAAAACGAUGGCCGAGUUUCCCCUGAUCAUCAUGCUGCUCUUCCAGUGCUACCCGAACUACAUUGAGAACUACAUCCCGAUCCUCGUGCCGCUCAUGAUGUCGACCUUGUCGCUGCGCUGUCCCGAGCUCGCGCCGAAAUUGUACCCGACCAAGUACGUGGACUUUCUCGACUGCCAAGUCAAGACGCUCUCGUUUGUGACCUAUUUAUUGCGCGGGUUUGCGUUGCUCAUGCGGCCGUUCCAAGACACGAUCUGCGAGAACACGGUCAAGCUGCUCAUCGCGUGCCCGAAGGACGCGUUCGUGCUCCGAAAAGAUGUGUUUGUGGCCGCGCGCCACAUCCUCUCGACCGACUUUCGCCGCGGCUUCUAUGGGCAGCUCGAACUCCUCCUCGACGAUGACGUCCUCAUUGGGAAAGGGCGCUGCGCCUACUACCAGAUACGACCGUUGGCGUACUCGACGCUCGCCGACAUGGUGCACCACGUGCGGGACAUGCUCACGCUGCCCCAAGUGAGCAAGAUCGUGGCGUUUUACGGCAAGCGCAUCCACGACCCGACGCUGCCCGUGCCGAUUCAAACGACGGCGAUCCGGCUUCUCCUCAACCUCGUCGACAUCAGCGCCAAGAACGAAGACGUGGACGGCUGGCGGGGCCGCAACAUUCUGUCGCGCAUUCUGCUCACGAUCGCGGCCAAGUUUGGCACGACGUUGCACCAGCUGCCGAUUGUACUCUCGCUGUCGUCGUCGGUGACGACGAGUGACAAGCUGGGCGACCCGCUCGAGGGCGGCGCAAUGGACAAGAUCAAGAUGUCGGAUCUGGUGCCCAAGCCGAUCGAGGUGCUCUCGGACGUUGACGCGAAGCUCAAGAGCCUCCUCGCGCCGUACGAGAAGAUGCAGCAGUCGUACGUUGGCUUGCCGGAAGAGGAGCCGACGCUCCGGGACGUCAAGUCGCUCCUGCGCACGAUGAUUCUUGGUAUCCGCGCGGUCAUUUGGUGCACGGCCAACUACCGGAACCCGCAUGCGAAGGAUCUCACGAGCAUGGACACGGCCGCCGCCAGUGUCGCAUCGGCGUCCGAGGCAGUGGAUGCGACGCACGUGUACCCGCUCACGGACGACGAGCGCGGUUUGAUUGCCAAGGUGCUGCAGAACGGCCUGCGCUGCUUCCUUUUGUACACGCUCUCGGAGAGCUCGGUCUCGGAGGAAAAGCAGAUGCUCGACCAUUUUGCGGGCGCGUUCACGGUCCUCGACGCGUCGGACUUUCGGGACCUCUUCCUCUCCAACAUGAAGCUGCUCUACGAGUGCAUUCUGCAGGACCACGCGAUCUUGACGGUGCCGCAGCACUUUUUGGCCAACGCCAACGUGAGCUGCUGGUUUGCCGAGAUCCUCCUCACGUUCCUCGUGACGCGCAUGGACGUGCUCGGCGUGGCGUGCUCGAGCGACGUGCCCGACCUCGAUCGCCACGACAAGAUUUGCUCGAUGGAGAGCCUCGUCUUUGAGCGUCUUCGGCCCGUGGCGCCGCCGCACGAGGCGUCCAUCGUUCUCCGACUCUUCAAGAUUGUGUUUGGCUCGGUCACGCUUUUCAAGGCCAACGAGACGGCGCUCUUCCCGCACCUCAAGACGAUCAUUGUGGCGUGCUUGACCAAGGCGACGCACACGACGGCACCCGACAACUACUUGCUCUUGUUGCGCGCGCUCUUCCGGUCGAUCUCGGGGGUCAAGUUUGAGAAUUUCUACAAGGAAGUGUUGCCGCUGCUGCCGGGUCUUCUCUCGGCGCUCAUGCGACUCCAGGCGCACAUUCAAAAGCCGGCGCUGCAAGACGUGCUCCUCGAGCUUUGCUUGACGAUUCCGGCGCGAUUGAGUUCGCUCUUGCAGUACUUGCCGUCGCUCAUGAAGUCGGUCGUGGCGGCGAUGCUCUCGAAAGGUGAGCUCGCGAACCUCGGGCUCCGCACCUUGGAGUACUGGGUCGACAACCUCAACCCGGACUUUUUGUACCCGAUCAUGACGUCGCAAGACCGCCUCUUGACCGAGAUCAUUGAAGCGCUCAACUCGCAUCUGCACCCGCCGCCGUACCCCUAUGGCGAGCUCGCGAUGCGGAUUCUCGGCAAGAUUGGCGGCCGCAACCGGCAGUUUACCAACGACGUGCUCUUGGUCGAGCAUCGUCGGAGUAACCUCGACGGCCUCGUGCUCAGCAUGCGCUGGGAGAAAGACGCAGUGCUGAGUCUGCCGCUCGACGCGCACGUGACGCGCGUCUGCGUGCUGCUCCGCGACUAUGCCAAGCGCACGGCGUUGACCAAGCCCGAGGUGCCGUCCCCAUCCGGACGCAUCGAGGCACCGGCGGCCGACGACGACGACAGCAGCGCCAACCUCGUGCUCGAGAAGGACGAAAAGACGCUGCAGCUCGAAGCCGACACGAUCCUGCGCGUCCAAGCGACCGUCUUGGCGCAAAAGCGAGAUGCGUUUGUUUUUCUCAAGCAUGCGCUGGCCGCGCAGUUGCAGCUGAGCGGACUCGAUCUGGCGACGCUAGCACAUGUUGCGACACCGACGCCGGGCGCCGACGAUGCGGCGAAGAGCACGAUCGCCAAGGAACUCGAGGAGGGCGCGGUGCCGAGCUGCAACUACCCGACGCCGUCGCGCGACAAGGUCGUCGCCGAGCAAGAUGUGCUCAAGAACGUGCUGCGAACGCUCGCUGAGUGCGUCGCCGACGUCGACUUGGCCAGCGACGCGUGGCCACUGCUGCGCAGCGUCUGCGUGCACGUGGCAACGGUCGUUCUGUCGCGGUCGCGCCGCACGCUGCCCAACCCGGACGUGCUUCAAGGACUGCUCAACGCCUCGAUCGUUCCGGGGCCGCGCGGUCUGUCGCCGGGGCGGAUGCUGGGCACGACAGCACGCAUCGAGACGUACCGCGAGGCGUACUAUGGUCUGCCGCUGCUGGACGAAGACGUGGUCACGGCGCUCGAUGCGUUUGUGCUCUUUGAAGUGCUCGUCGAUGUGCUAGCCGACGCCGACGAGAAGGUAGUCGCCGUCGGGUACCGAGCCUUGGACGUUGUCCUCGAUGUCGUCGACGCGGUCUGCGGCGACAAGGACGACGUGGGACAAAGCGGUGCGCUUCUGAACGGCAUUUGCGACAUUUGCACGCACGCCCGGCUCAUUGACCGGCUUUCGGUCGAGUGGUGUCGCGAGAACGAGCUUGGGAUCGUGCGGAGCUUGCUCUUUGUCCUCGCCGACCACCCCUCCGAAGUGACGGCCGGUGUUAGUGAAGAGGCUGGCGCGACGUUUCUCGCCCUGCUGCACAAGUGCCACGCGCCGUUCGCGCCCAAGAUCGAUGACAUUGACAUGCUCGACGAGCUCAUCGAAGAGACAAAGCCAUUGGACCUCGGCGUGACCCUUGGCGGCGCGGCGCCCGUGGCCAUGCUCUCGGACUACAACACGGAGGUGUUUCUGCUCCUCGUCUCGGAGCUCUUGAGUUCGAGCGCGUCGGUGCGCAAGUUUGCAAAGGAAGCGGUCGACGUGUUUGCAACGUGCACGGGCGGCUCGGUCUCGGCGCUGCUCCGGCCGUACCAGCUCGUGCUCGCCAAGCAGAUCAUGGGCACGAGUCUGCGUCUCUUGCCGCUCGGCACACGGUCGGGGUACAUUGACGGCAUGGCGUACUGCCUCUCGCUCUCGCCGCCGCUCUUCUCGCUCAACAAGGACCUGCUCAUCUUUCUUCAAGAGGUCUGGAGUCUUGUCUCGGAAGACGGGUCCGGGUCGUCGUCGCCGACGUCCGAAGCGUCGUCGCCGGCGUCGACGCUGCCGACGCUAAGCGAAAAUUUGAGCGGUUCCGAGUACCCGUUUGGGCUCUCGCAAAUGUGUCAGCUGCGCAUCGCCGCGAUCCAGCUCCUGCGCGCUGCGUUUGUGAACGACGACCUCCUCACGCAGCACCAGGACGCGCGGAAUCGGUUUGUUGGCGUCUUCUUCAAGUACCUCACGGGCCAGCCGUCGGCGCUUCUCGACGUUGCGCAGCAAGCCCUCACGGAUGUCAUUUUGAUGAACAAGCGGACGAACGAGCGGUCGCUGCCGAAAGAGUUGCUGCAGCAGUGCCUUCGACCGGUGCUUUUGAACCUCGCCGACUACCGCAAGCUCACGAUCCCGCUGCUGGAAGGCCUUGGGCGGCUUCUCGGUCUCCUCAGCAGCUGCUUCAACGUCACGCUCGGUGAGAAGCUGCUUGAACACCUUCGGCAGUGGCGCGAUCCGGACCGCAUCAUGAAGGCCGGCAUCUGGAAGCGCGGAGAUGAGCCCAACGUGGCGGCUGCGAUCGUCGACUUGUUUCAUUUGUUGCCGCCGUCCGACACGUUUUUGGAGCCGCUGGUCUCGUGCGUCGUGGAGCUUGAAGGCGUCCUGCCCAAGUAUGGGAGCUUUGGGAAGCUAAGCUCGCCGUACCGCGUCCCGCUCGUGCGCUUUUUGAACCGGUACGCAGCGCAAGCCGUCACGUUCUUCUUGACGCGCGACCGGCUCAUCGAGUCGACGUACUCGGCGCUCUUCCAGCAGCUUGUCAAGCUCCCGAUGGCGUCGCCGCUGCGGGCGGUGUUGACGUCGGACGCAGGCACGGAUGCAAUCAUCGCCGCCACGUUUAGCCACGCGCUCAAGUCGCCCGUGGCGUCGCCAGCGCCGGAGGUCGACGACGACGUCAAGCUCCAGGCGCAGAUUCAGGUGCAGGCGGCGAAAGCAGCGUCGCAAGCGAUUGCUGCUGCCAACGCCCAAGGCCUCUCGGCGUCGGCGGCCGAGCAAAAAGGCAAGCUGGCGCGCGCCGCGUUCCUCGCCAAGGCCGCGCCAGUGAUGAAGAGCCCGACGCAGGUGCAAAUCCAGGCGACGGCGCAGAAGCUCCACGCGCAGACGCUCGCGGCAGCGCAGGCCCAAGGUCUCUCGCUUGUCCAGGCCCAAGCGCGGGCACAGCAGCAGGCGCAGCUCCAGGCACAGAUCCAGGUGAACGCGCAAAAGGUGCACGCGCAAGCCCUCGCGACGGCCAAGGCCCAAGGACUCAAGCUCGCGGACGCGCAGGAGCGCGCCAAGCAAGCCCAGUCGCAGUAUGUGCAGGUGGCCAAGCAGCAGGCGCAGGCCAAGAUGGCGCGGCAGCUCUCGGCGUCGCCGGCGCUGGUCUCGCCAAGCAGCAGCAUGAGCAGCCCCGUGCCGAGCAGCGUUAGUGCGCCGUACGCGACCAAGCCGCAGCUCGAGGCCCUCGAACUACACUACCAAGGCCUCCGGCUCGUGCGCUCGCUGUGCAAGCUCGAGCCGCACUGGCUCGCGUCAACGUCCAACGGGAUGGUCGAGUGCAUUCAAAAGCUGUGGAAGUCGCCGACGCGCGUCCAGCGGCUCCAGGCGCAAGACCGGCUGCCGAUCCGGUACCAUCUCGAGUCGAAGCUGCUCGUGAAGGUGCUCAUUCAGUACUGUCGCGCCAAGCCCGACGACGUCCAAGUGCUCUUGGAUUUGCUGCCCGUGUUUUUACACCCGACGUCGUUUGACUUUACGUUCCUCCGCGCGUUCUACCGCGACGAAGUGGCGGCGACGUAUGCGCCGGCCCACAAGCGCGCGAUCGUGCACCUCUUCCUCGGCAUGCUGCGCGACCAUGCGGCGACCGAAGAGCUCAAGGUGCAUGCGAUCCAGCUGCUCAUCAUGCCGCUGUUGCACACGUCGUUUGACGACCCGAACACAAACAACGCCGACGUCAUGGACCCGGACGCGGUCAUGCUCAUGCUCCGUGAGAUCCUCGCGAGCAAGGACUACCCGCAGGACACGUUCCAGGCACUGCGCAUCGAGCUCCUCAAGCUCGGCACGCUUUUGAUCCAGCACAUGAGUCGGUACGUGACGGACCACCGCAAGGAAGUCAUCAAGUUUGCGUGGAACCAUCUGAAAGCCCAAGACCUCACGUCCAAGCUCUGGGCCUAUGUCAACGUGUGUCGGUUCAUCUCGGUGUACGACACGCCACCGAAAAUCGUGCUGCAAGUGUACGUGGCGCUCCUCCGUACGUACGAGCUCGACUCGCGCUUUCUCGUGCGCAAGGCGUUUGACAUUUUGCUGCCGGCGCUGCCGACGCGGCUGCCGCCCACGAAAGGCCACAUUUUGCAGCAAUUGGUGCACAUUUGGUACCUCGUCGUGCGCCAGCCGUCGCUGUUUUACCCGUUCCGCGGGCAGUUUAUCCCGCUCAUGGUCAACUCGCUCAACCGACUCGCGAUUCCGCCGAGCAGCACGCAGGACAACCGGCGGCUGGCCGUCUCGGUCGUCGACCUCGUGAUUGCGUGGGAGCUCACGCGGCGCCAGCGGGUCUCGGACAAGGCGCCGGCGUCCAAAAAGCGAGCCGCGACCGAGACAAGCGAAGAGAGCAGCAGCGACAAGCGUCAAAAGGUGGGCGAUGCAUUCGUGCCGGGCGCGCCGACCGAGCCGACGACGACCGAAGCCGAGGCGGUCCUCCUCAACGAAGACGACUUUGAGCUCACGGGCGCCAUGACGGACCUCAUCGUCAACUUUGCGUUCCGCUUUGCGCUCGCGUGCGCCGACAAGCAAGAGACGAACCGCCUCUCCAAGACGUGCGGCGAGCUCUUCCACCGCGCACUGCACCUCUGGCCGUCGGCGUCGAUCCGGUUCUCGUACUUUGACAAGCUCAUCGCGGUGACGGCCGAAGUGAUCAUUCUGCACGCCAAGGCGCCGCCCCCCACGGACGCGCCGGCGACGUCGAUGCCGUCGUUUUUGAGUGUGCACAAGUCGGCGCCGCUCGCGUCGCUGGCGAUAUUGAACGCGGUGCUGGGGAUUUUGAACACGCUCAUCUCGCCGCAGGUCAUUGCGCAGUCGAACCGACCGGUCCCGUACGUGGUGCAGUACGCGCCGCGCAUCAUGAAGCUGCUCGAGCCGUGCUUUGACCGCCAGCACAACGACGUCCAGCAUCAACUGACGCAGUACCUCAAGCACAUGAUCGAGUUGUACCCGCCAGAGAAGGCGCCGCCGCAGCUCGUCGCGUGCAAGUUUUACACGUGGCUGCGUGACAUUUUGAACGAGCGCUUGCUCAAGGCUGCGGCCGUGUCGAGUGACGCGCCUCUGUCGACGCCGAGCACGACCAUCGGUAGCCCGAGCACGAGCAAGGCCAAGCCGCCGACGCCCGAGGCAGCUCUUUUGUCGUCGCCGGCGACGUCGAGUCAAAGCGCACUCAACCCGAUGAUCAACCACGAAGCGGCGCGCAUGCGGCAGCUGUUUGCAAACUCGCCGAGCGCGUCCGCAGCGUCGGCGCGGCUGAGCAGUCCCGGCGCGUACAUGCUCAAGCUCCUCAGUGAGCUGGCGCCGGCGUCGACGAAAUUCAUCGACUUGUUUGCCCCGUCGCUCAUCAAGCUCGCGCAGCGCCUCACAAAGGAGCAUCUGCAGCACGUCGUGUCGAUCGCCAAGCCGGCGUCGUCGCUCGAAGGCUCGAUCGGCGGCACGGACGUCGGUGUCUCGGCGGGCGCCCAUGCAAAAGACCGCGUCAUGGCGACGCCGAGCCUCGCGAUCGCGCACGAGUACGUUCUGCUCGCAAGCGGUCGGUCGUCGCUGACGGUCAACAAUACGGUGCGGACAAAGAAGACGAAGGACGAGUCGAACGCGUCGAAGAAGAAGAAGGCCGACGCCGGUCUUGCCCAAGUCAUGGGCGUCCCUGCAUCGACCAUUGCGGGCCGCAAGGUGUACAUGGACAUGCUCAUUUCGUGCUUCAAGCUCCUCGCGCUGUGCACGUUCGAGUCGAGCGAGCUCGCGCGUAUGUUUGUGCACCUCAUGUCGCACUGCCUCGAGCACUCGAGCCACAUACCGCUGCUUUUGAGCAUCACCAAGAUUGUCGCCAAGAUGGUCAAGGACGACGCGUCGUCGGUGUUUACGAUCAAAGACAAGGUCGCGCUACUGAGCAAGAUGGCGACCUUUGACCGCCUCCACGAGAUCUCGGCGCAGCCGCUCUUGGCCGAGUACCACGACCUCGUGCUGAGCAUCUGCGCGACGGCCGAUACAAACCCGCUGUACGCGAGCGUCCACGGCGCGGCCACGACCGGCCUGCUCGCGAGCGACGUGGCCCUCCGGCGACAGUUUUUUGCGCACUUUGCCAAGGCCAGCGGCGACUCGACGACGUCGAAGCUCAAGUACAUCCUCGAGCACGACUGGCAGGCGUGCGGCACUCGGUUUUGGCCCGUUGUCGCGGUCGAGUUGCUCCUCACAAGUGUCUCGGCGACGGCGCCCCUGUCGACGGCCGGCGCGCCGCUGCCUACGCUGGCCACGGGUGACGCGGCCAACGCGGCGCUAGUCGCGAUGCCGCUCUGGGCCGAACACCUUGCAGUGCUCGCAAGCUGGCGCGAGUGUAGCAGCAAGGAGCUGCUUUCGCCGCUCUGCAGCCUCGUGCACGUGGAUCUGGACAUGGCCAACGCGCUGUGGGCGUCGGUGUUUCCGCAGGCGUGGACGCUUCUCAACCCGAUGGACCUCAUGGGCCCGACGCAGAACCUCUUGCGGCUGCUCUCGAUGCGGUACCAUCGGCGGGAGCUCCGACUGCCGCUCGCCACUGCGCGUCGGCACAAUGUCGUCCAGACGCUCAUGGACGGCAUUGCGAUGGCGUAUCCGAUGCCUGUGUUUACGGCCGAGCUGCUCUUGUACCUCGCCAACACGUACAACGUGUGGGGCCAGGUGUGCCGCAUUGCCGAGUACAUGGUGCUGAGUCCGACGACGCUUCUCGAAGACCGCGAGCGCUGGGUCGAUGUGCUCCACGGCAUCUACGCCGAGCUGCACGAGCUCGACUGGCAGGUCGGCCUCAACGUGCAGGCGUGCAUCAAGCCUGAGACGCGCAUGGCGUUGCAUUUGCAGGCUCAAGGCUACCUGCACGAAGCCCAGGACGUGUACUUCCAGGCGCUUUCGCAGACGUCCAAGCAGCUCAAGAUCGAGUCGAGUGCGUUUGAGCUCAAGGUGCUCGAGACGCAGUGGGUGAGCUGCGUCAACCAUCUCUGCCAAUGGCCGCUGCUGCACGACUUUGCCAAGGCGACGCAGAACCAAGAGCUGCUGCUCGACUGCUGCUGGAAGCGUGGCGACUGGACCACCGCAAAGCAGCUCUUGCACGCGUCCUCGAUCCAGGCGGCGUCCGAGGCCGGGUCGCCGUCUGUGCGGCUCAAGAAGCUCUACAUUGCGAUCCUCGACGGCGACAAGAAGCCGCAGAUGGACAGUCUGAGCUCGCAGAUGGUCGACAUGGCGCUGCACCAGUGGCAAGGCCUCCCGCGCCUCCUCUCGAACGCGCACAUUCCGCUGCUCCACCUCUUCCAGCAGUUUGUCGAGGCGAAAGAGUCGAUGGCGAUGAUGGCCGAGAUCAAGGCCGCGAGCGCCGCGCACACGCUUCCGAACCUCAAGCCCAGCAUCAACACGUGGCGCGAGCGGCUGCCCAACAAGCACGAGCCGAUUUUGCUCUGGGACGACAUUCUCACGUGGCGGUCGCACAUGUUUGCCGUCAUCAAGACGACGUUUAGCUGGAGCGACGCGCAGCUGCUGGCGUGUCUGCAUGACUCGCCGUGGUCGAUCGUCAAGAUGGCGCACACGGCGCGCAAGCAGCAGCUGCCGGAUGUGUGUCUGCACGCGCUCUCGACGCUCUAUACGAUCCCGGCCAUGGACGUCCAGGACGCGUUCUCGAAACUGCGCGAGCAAGUGAGCAUUUGCUACGAGACGACCAAGGAGUUCAAGGGCGGCUUGAGUCUCCUCAACAACACCAACUUGGACUACUUUGACGCGCGGCAAAAGGCCGAGCUCUUCCGGCUCAAGGGUCUCUUUCUGGACGCGCUCGGCGACAAGAGCGAUGCCAACAUGGCCUUCUCGCACAGUCUGCAGCUCUGCGACAGCUACGGCAAGGGCUGGCUGAGCUGGGGCCAGUACUGCGACGCGCUCUUUACGGAGCGCAAGGAUCUCGACUUUGCGGCGCAGACGAUCGCGUGCUACCUCCAGGCCGUGCACCACCGGUCGUCGUCGGCACGGCUGUACCUGGCGCGCGUCCUCUGGCUUCUGAGCAUGGACAAUGAAAAAGGCGUGCUCAUCCAAGCCUUCGAGGCCCACGGCAAGCAGCUCCCGAUCUGGAUCUGGAUCAUUUGGAUUCCGCAGCUGCUCAUGUCGCUCUGCCGACCCGAGGCGCCGCAGAUUCGCAAUCUCUUGCGCGGUCUCUCGGCCAAGUUUCCGCAAGCGCUCUACUACACGAUGCGCGCGUUCUUUCUCGAGAACCGCGAGCUGCUCUCGAUGGACAAGGAAAAGCUGCUGGCGUCGGCGCCACCGACGCCGCUCGCCUCAACGACACCCAAGGCGACCGGCUUCAACGCGAGUACCGGCGACGUGGUCUACUUUCGCACGAAAUCGGGCCACGUGGUCGCUGUGCCCAUGGCGCACGAACACGUGGCCGAGAUUCCGGGCCUCGUCGGUGCGAGCCGGGCGACGCCGUCGUUCUUUGGCCCUGCGACGCCCGUCCUGACGCUGGACGCGUGGCUCGAAAAGGUCGCGGGCGGUGAGCUGCUCAAGUCGGACGUGAGCCCGCUCCAGUACACGGAGGAUUUGCUCAACUUUCUUCGGCGGUCGCACGACGGGCUCGCGUUCGAGAUGGAGUGCGUUCUCGAAGAGAUGAUUGUCCGCUUCCGCCCCGAGCCCGAGGAGGAACUCUUGACCGCCGUGCACGCGCUCUUGCUCAAGUGCUACCAGCUGCCAAGCUUUGCCAAGCACGAGGCCGUGCCCAAGAUGCUCCGCGACACGCUGAGCCGCGUCUGCAACAAGUUUUUCAUUCUGCAGCCGCACCAGAAGAGCGAGAAGCACCUCGCGUUCGUCGCCGAGUUCAAGGGCCCGUUCGAAACCAACUUCAUGCUGCCCGACGCCGACGACGACGCGACCAAGGACGUGGCGACGAGUACGCUCUCGGACGUCAUGGAUCGGCUCAAGCUGUGGAAGCACCUUUUGCAGCUGCGUGUCAAGCGCUACGGCAAGCGCAACGCCGACAAGGUCUUCCUCGAGCACAGCAGCCGGCACCUCGCCGAGCUGCGGCAGACCGCGGUCGAGAUUCCGGGCCAGUACCUCACCAACGCCGAGCCGAUCAAGGAGCUCCACGCGCGCCUCGCGUACUUUGACUCGACGACCGACGUCCUCUUGCGCAACGGGUACACGCAGCGGCGCGUGACGCUCGGCGGCAACAACGGCAAGCACUACUCGUUCCUUGUGCAGUAUGCGAUGACGUACAUCACGCGCUGCGACGAGCGCAUGAUGCAGAUGCACUUGCUCAUGAACCGGCUCUUGCUGCGCCACAAGGAACCAAGCAGCGCCACCUUGUACAAUAUCGACCACGUGUCGCUGGGCGAGGUCUACGAGCUCGAGUGUGCGCUGCAAAAGAAGGACCCGGACUUCCCCGUCGAGCUCUACCGGCGCAAGAUCAGCCAAGUCGAAGAAAACAUGGCCAACAUGAAGCUCGCGAUUUACAAUGAGAUUUGCGACCAGCACGUGUCGGAGCACCUGUUGGCCAAGUAUUUGCACCGAACGGUGCCGCACUACGACGACCUCUUCCAGUUCCGGUCGGUGUUUACCGCGCACUUGGCGCUCACGUCGUUCCUGACGCACAUCCUGCACGUCGGCGAGCGCACGCCGCACAAGACGGUCUUCUCGCGCGCGACCGGCCGCGUCCUCAGCUGCGAAUUGCGCCCGAAUUAUGCGGCGAGCGGCAUCGUCGAGGCCAGCUGCGUCAUGCCCUUCCGCCUCACGCGCAACUUGCAGGCGUUCCUGACGUCCAACGGCGUCGAGGGGCCGUUUACGAUUGCGAUCGCGGCGGUCGCGCAGGCGCUGCUCAGCGACGGCCACGAGAAGAUCACGAUGAACCAGCUGAGCCUCUUCUUCCGCGACGACCUCCUCUCGUGGCACACGAGCAAGACCAAGAGCCGCCUCGAGCACACGCACGCCGAGACGCACCGCCGCAUGAUGGCCGAGAACCAAGUCAAGCAGCGCGUCGACGCCAACGUCAAGGUCGUCACCGAUCGCAUUGCGGCGCUCGCACCGAAACCCGCGCGCCAAAUGACGCCGUCGGCGCCGACCGCGGUCCAAGAACUCAUUGCGUCGGCCACCAACACGGAGGCGCUCUCGCAGAUCUACCCGACGUGGUUUCCGUGGCUCUAA